AAUAUACAGGGCCAUGUCAUUACAAGGUAAUUGUUAAGGACUUUGGCACUACACCCUCUCUUAUGCAAAUUUCUUUCAUAAAAUAUGUUUUUGAUUACCUUGGCUUCCUUUACUGCACUUGUCAGUUUUGCUUCAGUCUUGGACAUUUCUGCACACAAAAUCACUGGAUCUACUGAUUUCUGGAUCUCCUCUGCCUGUGUGUGUCCAGGAACCAUGCAGGACCCUACCACUGACCAUAACAUCCUAGAGAAGCUCCUCACCUAUUCUCCGGGUCACCAGUAUGAGCAUGUGUGCCUGCAGCUCUUUGGGAUGCCAGGACAUGGCAAGUCCUCCCUUAUUAACACAUUUGUGUGCGAGGCCAAAGACCAAGACCUUAAGAACGUGGCCGGAGCUGGGAAAUCCAAUCAACCCAUCACAAUGGAGAGAAAAGAUUAUCAUCUGGCAGAUAAAAUUGUCAUCACUGAUAACCGAGGAGUGAACAAAAUGAGCAAGGAAGAGUUGGUGGAGAUUACAGCUCAGUUCUGUCAAUUUCGAGGCCGGGAUAGGGUGGAAUGGGAUCGAAGCUUUAGAGAGAAUUUAAAUGCCGUUCUCGCUUUCAUUUAUCAGAAAAAGGAGGUGAUUGUUCCAAUUUUUGUUUACAGUGCUGAGAGUUUGGUUACAUCAGAACGAUACGCAGAGUUGGAACCAUUCAUCAGAGACGCCCACAGAAUCACGGGCAUCUAUCCAAUUAUUGUUCUGACCAAGGUUCGAGAUCACAGUACAGAAUCAGCAAUCCAUUACAGAAAAUUUAAAGCACUUGGAGCAGAACACAUCUUUCAGAUAGAGAAUUACACAAUGGAAACCUGUGAGAGGAACCCGGAGACAAAGAGCAGAAUUGUGGCGCUCCUGGACACGUGCCUGCAAGAGGCAGAUAAGCAGAUAUCAGAAAAUCAAAUGAAGGAUCUUCACCAAGAGUAUCUAAAGAAAGCAAUGGAUGUUAUUGAGAGCAAAAUGAUGAUAGAACUUGAAAACAAAGUUACACAGAUUGAGAAAAUGGAGGUGCAACACAAGGCUGCACUUAGAAAAAUGCAAGUGGAACUUGACCAGAAGAUUAGAGAGGUUGAAGAACUGAGUGAACAGAAUGAGGCCAAUAAGAGCGAAAUAUCGAAACUGAGAAAGCGUAGAAAAUCCUGCAGAGUCAUGUAAGCCAGUUUCGAGCUCACUACUGUAUCUAGGGAUCAGAGGGUGAAUCAAAGGGGCACAUCAUUUUAGGCCAACAUGUUUUGGGGGCUAGGCUUUGCCCACUUUCAUCAGGACCUAGAAGUUUAUAUGUAAUAGCAUGACCAGCAAUAGACAUGU